CGGCCGCGGCGCUUUACGGCCGCGCGGCGGAAGCGGCGGAGGCUCCAUGAGCUUUUACGACGCUUUUCGAGGCUUCUUCGGCUUCCCGGGGCGCGGUGGGAACCGGCCCCGGGAUCCGCUUUUUGGCUCCGCAGCGUGGGAUGAGGAUGAGGACGAGGAUGAAGAUGGCGUCGCCUCAGGCCUCUCUGAACCUCCGCAAGAUUUUCUCUUCAGCUUCGGCUUCAGCCCCAGCUUCGGCUUCAGCCGUGGUGGCUCCCGCGGCGCCUUCGAGGAGCUGUUCCGGGACAUGGGCGAACUCCUGGGUGCCCUCGGGGGGGCCUGGCCUGCGCUCCCGCCACCCUUGGAGCCCCCCCAGCCAAGCCCCCAGCGGCCGCUCCGGGAUUCCAUGUUGAAGCAGCCGGAUGAUCCCGCUCCCAGCGCAUCCCCGGGAGGCAGCGAGAGCUGCGUGGAGCCAGCGUGGCGCUGGAGCCCCUUCCUGGGGCUGGAAGAUGCUCCUCCAGCUCCUGCCCUCAAGGAGGACCAAGACCUGGACUCCCAGGUCUCCUCCGCGGGGCUGGGCACCAUCCUGAGGCCGGGCGAACCCGAGUCCCGCUCUUACUUCCAGAGCAUCUCCGUCACCAAAGUGACUCUUCCUGAUGGGGCGGUGGAGGAGCGCCGGACCGUGCAGGACAGCCAGGGCCGCCGGGAGACAACAGUGACGCGCCGGAGAGGUGACCAGGCUUUCAUCACCACCACCAAGGAGGAUGGGAAGGGCAAGGACUACCGGGAGGAGGUGGUCAACAUGGAUGACAGGGAGUUGGCGCAGUUUACGGAUGCGUGGCCACGGCAAGACAAGCUCUGCACUCCCAACUUGAGUGAUCCCUCGUCUGUGCUGGGCAGCUUCUUCCGCCGCUGGUUCUCCAGCUGGUAGCUGCACUGGGCUGAGCACCCGAUGGCUCCGAUCCUGCUGGGAGCUGGCGCCUGAGCCUUUUGGGAUGCAGGGAUGCUGCGGGGACACUCAUGGGGCUGCGCAGGGGGGUGUGUACAGAGCAAUAAAGUCUAUUUGUGCUAACGGCAAC